CCAAGACUGAGAAGAAUAUUGUCUCAACAUUUUCUAGUAAAAAACAACACUCUUAACUCUGUUUUCUUGAAAGCCUAUACAGACAUGGCUUCCCUCUCUCACUUGUUCUUCUGGUUGUCCAUAGUGCUCCUGGCACACCCAAGCCCUUGUCUCAUGGAUCCUGACACAGAUAUCUCUGUCCUCAUGGCUAUCAAGUCUGCUUUGGAUCCGCAGAACCUGGUUCUCACUUCUUGGUCACCCAAUGCCACUCACCCAUGCAACUUUGAAGGCAUUGCUUGCAAUGAGCUUGGGCAGGUGGUCAACAUCUCCUUGCAGGGAAAAGGGCUUUAUGGGAAGAUACCACCAGAGAUUGCCCAGAUCAACACCUUGUCUGGCCUCUACCUCCACUUCAACCAUCUUCAUGGGGUUGUGCCCAGGGAGAUAGCUAACUUGACUCACCUCUUGGAUUUGUACCUCAAUGUCAACCACCUCUCUGGCUCCAUCCCUUCUGAGAUUGCUAACAUCACUACUCUUCAAGUUUUGCAGCUCUGCUACAACAAGUUAAGUGGGAACAUCCCUAAUCAGCUCGGGUCUCUCAAGAAUCUUACUGUUCUUGCCCUACAAUCUAAUCACUUGACUGGAGCAAUUCCUGCAACCUUGGGAGACUUGACACUGUUAACAAGGCUGGAUUUGAGCUUUAAUCACCUUUUUGGUUCAAUUCCAGCUAAACUUGCCAAUGCUCAAAAGCUACAAGUUCUAGAUAUUAGAAACAAUACCCUCUCUGGCAAUGUCCCUCUAGCUUUGAAGAGACUGAAUGAAGGAUUCCAGUACACAAAUAACCCGGGUUUAUGUGGAAUCGGGUUUUCUUCUUUAAAACUCUGCACCAAUUCUGCAUUAAACCCUAGCAAACCUGAACCAUUUGGGCCAGGUUCUAAUCAUCUUCCAACCAAAGACAUCCCAGAAUCAGCAAAUGUACAGCCACAUGCUUUGAACAAGCCAAGAAAACUGCAAACCUCUGUUGUUGUUGUCGGUGUCAUUGGACUAAUUGUUGCAUUCUUUGCAACUGGACUCCUCACAUUCUCAUGGUACCGUCGAAGGAAGCAAAAAAUCGGAAGUACUAUUGAUACUUCAGAUAGUCGACUCAGUACUGACCAAGCCAAGGAAGUGUCCCGAAGAAGUGCAUCUCCUCUUAUCAAUCUCGAGUAUUCAAAUGGAUGGGAUCCUCUGGCCAAGGCUCGAAAUGGGAAUGCAGCAUUCUCUCAAGAAGUACUUGAAAGCUUUACGUUCAAUCUGGAUGAAGUAGAGUCCGCUACACACUACUUCUCGGAGACGAAUUUGUUGGGCAAGAGUGGUUUCUCUGCUGUCUACAAAGGAAUACUAAGGGAUGGUUCUUCUGUUGCUAUUAAAUGUAUUUCCAAGAGCAGUUGUAAGUCCGACGAGGCUGGGUUUAGGAAAGGGUUGAAGUUAUUAACCUCGUUGAAACAUGAAAACCUCUUGAGGUUGAGAGGAUUUUGCUGUUCAAAGGACAGGGGAGAGUGCUUUCUCAUCUACAACUUUGUCUCAAAUGGAAGUUUGUUGCAGUACCUUGAUGUAAAGGACAAUAAAGAUAGGGUUCUGGACUGGUCUACUAGAGUAUCUAUAAUCAAAGGCAUUGCAAGAGGUAUUGAAUAUUUGCAUGGAAACAAAGGAAACAAACCUGCUCUAGUUCACAGAAACAUAUCAGCUGAAAAGGUACUUAUUGAUCAUCGCUACAAUCCAUUGCUCUCCGAUUCUGGCCUGCACAAACUUUUAGCAGACGACAUCGUCUUCUCAACCCUCAAGGGAAGUGCUGCGAUGGGCUACCUGGCUCCCGAGUAUACAACCACCGGCCGCUUCACUGAAAAGAGUGACAUAUAUGCAUUUGGUGUGACCAUAUUUCAGAUUCUCUCUGGGAAAAUUAUGGUCACCCACUUGAAUCAUCAAGGGGCGGAAUUGGGCAGAUAUGAAGAGUUCAUUGAUGCAAAACUGCAAAGGAACUUCGUGGAGUCUGAGGCUGCCAAGUUAGGAAAGAUGGCUCUACUUUGCAUUCAUGAAUCUCCGAGUCAGAGGCCAAGCAUUGAAACACUAAUGCAAGAAAUAAACGAUAUUAGGGAUUAGCGAAGUAGGUACCUUUUCACCCCCGGUAUUUCUUCAGCUCUGCUAGGAC